AUGUCUAAAUUAAGACGAUAUCAAAUUGAAUUAACGCUCUCGGCCUUAUUGGAAAAUACGAUUGUGUACUUACCAACAGGUUGUGGUAAGACUUUAGUGGCAAUUAAAGUCAUGGAAGAAAUGAAACGGCUAAAUCCGUCCAAAUUGGUGGUCUUUUUUGUACCAACGGGACCCUUAGUAUCACAACAAGCAGCGUAUCUUCGACGAGAAUCCGAUUUUACGGUCAAGGUGUUUUCUGGACAGCAUGGACAUACUGCAGCAGCAACAAAUCCGCCUAUUAAAGUUGAUGAAGGUAUUGAUGCCGUGGUUGCAACUCCUCAGUAUUUUUUAAAUUUGUUGUUUAAUGAGCGCACGAAAAUCACGGACUAUAGUACGAUGGUGUUUGAUGAAGCACACCAUGCAACUGGAAAUCACCCUUAUUGCGAGCUCCUGAAAGAGCUGGCAAAAGUUGACGUCCGAUGUCGGCCACAUAUUCUUGCUCUAACGGCCUCACCAUUUGGCGAAGCAGUGCGUGAAGAGUCUGGACAGAUUGCACUAAGAAAGCUCUCGAAUGUGUUUAAUGCUGUGAUUAAUUCCCCUACCAUUGCUGCUGAAGAUUUAGAAGCGAGUUUUAUUCCAAAGGAGGCGAAAUGGGUCACGGUACAAGAAGAUGAUUCCGAGCGAAAGCUUCGGGAGGGCAUUAAGCGCUAUGUCGUAUCUUUCUAUUCGGAGAUUCGGGUGCUAAUGAAUGGGCAAGUGAUGCCUUUUGAGUCGAACUAUGACACCAACGACAUGGAACUGUCUCAAUUUCUUGCCAAAUUACGUUUGCUACGUUCGCAAGCAGAGAGGAGGGCCAGGGGGAAUAAUGUUGAAAUGACAGGAAUCGAUAAGAGUAAGCGCCAACCGUCAAAUUUAGAAUUGAUUUUGAAGCAUGUGCAAAAGGUGGCAUCAAGUUUUUAUAGCUUAAGUAUUCAUGGUGCAGGCACUGUUGCUGAGAAGUUGCGCGGAAUUUUUGGUGAUUUGGAAGCAGCAACAACCGAGAAAGGAAGACGCACUUUUGCGCUUAUUGAGCGCGCGUACCGCAGUGCGAUGAACCCGGCGCUGAUAAGUUUUCCCUUAGAGACUUUUACGGGAGCUGAUAUCUCUAAUCGGGUGCAUCUUGUUGGCGAGUGCAUUCGUAAAGCCAACUUCGAUCACGACUCUCGUGCGAUUGUAUUUGUCCGUCGUCGUAAAACCGCUAUUUUGCUGGCAAAAGCGAUGGAAGCGCUGGAUGUGCUUCGCGAGCUCAAUCCCACACGUUUCGUUGGGCACAAUUCGUAUGAAGGCAUGUCGUGGGAAGAAGAACAGCGACCGACGUUGGACCGCUUUCGACAAGGUCGUAUUCGACUUUUAGUAGCAACCAACGUGCUUGAAGAAGGACUUGAUGUUCCUGAAUGCUCCUUAGUUAUCCAAUUUGACGGUGUCAUUGGGAUUACGAGCCUCAUACAAAGCCGGGGCCGAGCGCGCCACCGUGACAGUACAUUCAUCAUUUUCUGCUCUGCAGUUGGAAAAGAACGCAUGGAACGACUUGUGAUAAACGAGCAGAGAUUGGUUGCGAUGGCAAAAGCAGAUGCUUCGAGACUUGGGUCCAAAACUGUUGUGGCUAAGUUGAUGGACGAAUAUCCAGAAGUGGUUGACAGUUCCUCGGCCAGUGCAAAUAAAGACGUAUCUACGUUGCCACAGCGGGCAGCAUUUGACCCAAUGGCUGAUAAAGUUUACAACAUCGUUCUUGGUGGUGUUUUCAUUGGUGUGGAUAAACUGCUGCAAAAACUGAUCCUGGAAAGGAUUAGCGAAUUUGCUUCCGUUAGAAUAGCGGAUGAGCGUAUUGGUUUGUGCACGCUUGCGGUGCCUCCAGACCAGGAUAUAUAUUUGUCGUAUAAUAUGUUGAGUUCCGGUAUUGAUUUUUAUAUUGAUCAACAAUCCUUUUGGAUGCGUUUUGAAAGUGAUGAUAUGGAGAGUGCUGCAAGUGGAAAGGAAGCAGAAAAUAUUGCCAAUAUCGGAAUUUGCCGUGGCUUAUUGACUCCUGGUGGUGCAUACAUAGAACUCGAGAAUGUUGGAGAUGCGGGUACCUUAGAAAUGACAGUAGAUGCGCUAAUUGCAGAUUUUGGCUUCCGGUAUCGUCGCGUAGAAUUUGAUUUACGAGCACUCGUCGAGCCGCUGGUCUGGUUUGAUUUGACCUCUAUGCCUACUAGCGCUCCGUCAGUGUAUCUCGCUCUCCGGCUACCCCCCGUCAUCGUACAUCGAUAA